AUGUUAAAUGAAGAAACUAUGGGGUUUGAUAUGGAUAAAAUAGAAAAUGAUAUAACCAAAAAUAACAAUGGAGUAGAAAAAAAAAAGAAGAAAAAAGUUCAAUUUUCUGAUAAAAAUGAAACAAUAUAUUAUGAAAAAGAUGAAAAUGAAAAUAAUUAUUUUAAUCUUUCCUUAAACAAUUUUAAUUAUUUUGAAUGCUUUUAUAAUGAAAUGUAUAAUUGUGAUUUUGAUGAAAAAGAAUUCAAGAAUGAUGAUAUAUAUAUAAACGGAGAAAAAGAAAAUAAAUAUAAUGAAUUUUAUGAAAAGGAUACAACAGGAAAGGAAAGAUAUAAACAAAUAAAAAAAAACUCAUUUGAAAAUGGAUUAAGUGUAAAAGAUAAUCCGAAAACGGAUAACCUGAAAUUUUUGAAUUUAAAAAGAGAAAAAUUUAAUCAAUCUUUUAAUGAGGAUUGCUCUUUUGAAAUAAAUGACAUACAUACAGCUAUUACCAAUGCAGAAGAAAAAACAUCAAAUUAUAGCAAAUAUUAUUUUGGCUAUGAUAUUGAACCAUUUAACAUGAAGAAUGAAUUAAAAGAAGGAUAUAUUGACAAAUAUGGGAACUAUAUUUAUAAUGAAUCAGACAAUGAUGAUAUUGAAGAAGCUUGGUUAAAAUCAGUUGAUGAAAAAGAUCCACUUUCCACAUUUUCUGAUCAGAAAUUAAAAACGAAAAUACAUAAUGAAAUAAAUUCAAAAUAUGAUGAAUCAAAUAAUAAUUUAAAUAAUAACUUACUUACAGUUAAUAUUUAUGAUGCUCUUUAUUCUCUCUGUUGUUUAUUAAUAGAUAAAGAAACGCCAAUUAAAGCAAUGAUUAGAUAUAAAAAUGAUUUGAAAUUAUAUAAAAACUACUUAAAUGAAUGUAAACUUAAAAUAGAAAAAUUAAACUCUCUUUCCAUUUGUCAGGGGAAUAAUAUUUCAUUAUUUAAUAUAAAUUUUAACCAUGAGGGUAGCAAUUCAAAUAAUUUUCAUUUCAAUUAUAAAAAUCAAAAUAAAAAAAAUUUAUUACAAAUAAAUAUUAAAAAAAAAGAUAUAAAAAAUGAAGACGAAAUAAAAGAAGAUAUAAAAAAUGAAGAAAUAAAAGAUGAUAUAAAAAAUGAAGAUGAAAUAAAAGUAGAUAUAAAAAAUAAGGAUGAAAUAAAAGAUGAUAUAAAAAAUGAAGAUGAAAUAAAAGUAGAUAUAAAAAAUAAGGAUGAAAUAAAAGAUACAAAAAAUGAUGAUGAUAUAAAAGAAGAUAUAAAAAAUGAAGAUAGAAUAAAAGAGGACACAAAAAAUGAUGAUAUUAUAAAAGAAGAUAUAAAAAAUGAAGAUAUAAUAAAAGAGGACACAAAAAAUGAAGAUGAAAUAAAAGAAGAUAUAAAAAAUGAAGAUAAAAUAAAAGAGGACAUAAAAAAUGAAGAAGAAAUAAAAGAAAAUAUAAAAAAUGAAGAUAAAAUAAAAGAAGAUAUAAAAAAUGAAGAAGAAAUAAAAGAAGAUUUAAAAAAUGAAGAUAAAAUAAAAGAAGAUAUAAAAAAUGGAGAAGAAAUAAAAGAAGAUUUCAAAAAUGAAGAUAAAAUAAAAGAAGAGAUAAAAAAUGAAGAAGAAAUAAAAGAAGAGAUAAAAAACGAAGAUAAAAUAAAAGAAGAGAUAAAAAAUGAAGAUAAAAUAAAGGAAGAUAUGAAAAGUGAAGAUAAAAUAAAAGAAGAUGUAAAAAGUGGAAAUAUAAAAAUGGAAGAAGAAAUAAAACAUGAUGCAAUUAUAGAUUCAUUACAUAAGAAAAAGAAUGCAUUAAAUGAGAAUAUGUGUAAAGAAGAAGGUAUUAAUGAAAAUAAUAAGAAUAGUGUAUGUGAAGAAACAAUUAAUAAAAAUUUAAUAAAUAAUAAAGAAGAAAAUAAUAAAGAUUUGGUUAACAAUGAUAAAUUAAAAGAAUUACACAAAUUAGAAGAAACUUAUCUAAAAAUAGCACUAGAUUAUAAAACAAUAGAAAGAAGAUUUAACAAUUUAAUUGAUUUAACACAAAAAUUAACUAAUGAAUAUAAAAAUGUUUAUUUUUUAACAAAAAGUGAAUUUGAAGCUUUAUGUAAAAAGUUAGAAGAAUACAAAGAAAAUGUAGAUAUACAAUGGCAAUUCAAAUGGAAUAAUGAUCUUGAUAAUAAUAUAUAUGGGCCCUUUAAUUAUUACGAUAUAUAUAACUUAAUAUCAGUAGGAAUGGUAUCAGCAGUAAAUCCUAUACAACUAAGAAGAAUAAAUAAUGAAAAUAAGGUUUUAGAAAACAUAUGGCAAAUGUAUGAUGCAGUUAAUUAUUUAACAUUUGUUAGUAAUGAUAAUAUUAAAAAGAAAAGAAAAUUAGAAGAAACUGAUAUAAAUGAAGUAAAUGGAAUAGAAAAUCAGAACGAAGAAUCAACAGAUUCAUUAGAUGAAGAAUAUGAUAUAAAAAAAAAAAAGAAGAAAAAAAAAGGUUUAAUUCAAAUUUCUAAGAAAAACAAAAAAUCAAAUGAAGAAGAGGACAGUGAUAAUGAAGAUGAUUUCGAAAGUUGUUAUGAAUUUUGA